CAGAUUUAAAUUACUUCCUCUUUAAUUUGUCCAUUACAAAUACCAUGUGAUGACUACAGAGGAAGUCGUGUAUCUUUCACAAAAAGGAAAGUCUUCAUAGCUCAUGAACAGAAUAAGAAAGGCAUUUGAUUGAAUUUAAACCCUUUCUCUUUCAUCUGAAUAGAAUUAACCUGGUAUUAAAUGAUGCUGCAGGUGGGAUUAUUGUUGUUGAUGUCAGGGCUGGUAUCUGGUUCUAUUACUUGUCCUGAUGGGACAAUGUGUUCUGAUCAUUCAACCUGUUGCAAGACACUGAAUGGAUAUGAAUGCUGCCCAGUUCCAGAAGUUGUUUGCUAAACUACCAGAAAUUGUGUAGUGAUGGCAACCAUUGCUGUCCAUAUGGAUUCCACUGUGAUGUCACUUCCACACAGUGUUUAAAAAGUGGUCUGAGAAUCCCAUGGGCCACCAAGGAGCCAGCUCUGAAACAUACAGCAGCUCUCAUAGAUACUGCAUCCCCGACAAGAACCAUUCCUUCUGAGAAUCUUGAAAGUGUCACUAUUAAGAGUUCAGUGAUUCGCUGUGACCGUACGCAUUACUGCCCUGACAAGACAACCUGCUGCAAGAAGUCUGAUGGCACAUGGGCUUGCUGUCCUUACCCUCUGGCUACUUGCUGUCAGGAUGGUUACCAUUGCUGUGCUUUUAAUUAUUCCUGUGAUCACACUUCUACAAAGUGUAAUAGAAAUGGUCUGAUGAUCCCCUCGGCUGAAAAGGAGUCUGCUAUGACAGAUACAGACAAUGAGAUGCUGCAGGUGGGAUUAUUGUUGUUGAUGUCAGGGCUGGUAUCUGGUUCUAUUACUUGUCCUGAUGGGACAAUGUGUUCUGAUCAUUCAACCUGUUGCAAGACACUGAAUGGAUAUGAAUGCUGCCCAGUUCCAGAAGCGGUCUGUUGCUCUGACCAGUACCACUGUUGCCCAAAAAGCUACACCUGCAAUUUUCAGACCAAGAUGUGUGAUAAAACUGGGUUCAAGGAGAGCAUUCCAAUGGUCAAGAAAAUACCAGCAGAGGAUCAGAGCAAGCCGAUGGAAGUGAACCAAUUCAUCUCUGUCUCCAGUGCUGGGAGUUCAUUAGUUUUCUGCGACAAUUACUUUUAUUGCAGUGAUGGGACUAGCUGCUGCAGACAUCAUACUGGUUUAUGGUACUGCUGUCCCUUCCCUCUGGCUUUUUGCUGUAGUGAUGGCAACCAUUGCUGUCCAUAUGGAUUCCACUGUGAUGUCACUUCCACACAGUGUUUAAAAAGUGGUCUGAGAAUCCCAUGGGCCACCAAGGAGCCAGCUCUGAAACAUACAGCAGCUCUCAUAGAUACUGCAUCCCCGACAAGAACCAUUCCUUCUGAGAAUCUUGAAAGUGUCACUAUUAAGAGUUCAGUGAUUCGCUGUGACCGUACGCAUUACUGCCCUGACAAGACAACCUGCUGCAAGAAGUCUGAUGGCACAUGGGCUUGCUGUCCUUACCCUCUGGCUACUUGCUGUCAGGAUGGUUACCAUUGCUGUCCUUUUCAUUAUUCCUGUGAUCGCACUUCUACAAAGUGUAAUAGAAAUGGUCUGAUGAUCCCCUCGGCUGAAAAGGAGUCUGCUAUGACAGAUACAGACAAUGAGUAAAAUAGUGAAUCUGCAGGACUUGUUCCCUUGAGUUGUGACUGUAUACGGUCAUCCUUCUUGAAAUGUAUUUGUUUACGACUGUAAGUCGCCCUGGAUAAGGGCAUCUGCUAAGAAAUAAAUAAUAAUAAUAAUAAUAAUCCAUCUUAAACUUUUCAAAGACUUACUUUAUAUUCUUUUUGUCUUCUUUUAAGUCUUGCUUGCUACCUUGAUCACUCUAUAAACAACCAAUAAACAACUAAUGCAAACCUAUGACCCUGUGGUGUUUUGUAAUUUUUGUAUUUUUCUGAUGCUGUUUCUCUUUAAUUGCCUAUUAGUAUCCCUGUUAAUGUGCCUACAGAACAAAUCAGAGAGUAUCUACUCAUUCUGUGGAGGGCAGUGUUUUUUUUUACAAAAACUAUACAGUGCAUGAGGGGACAGUGGCAGAUCAAAUCCCAUAGCACACUCCACUAUCAAAAACUGCAACUCACCAGUGCCAAUGCUUAACCAGAGUUCAGUGCAUUUCUGUGUUUCCGUGUUAUGUUGUCUGGACAAAGCCAAGAACGUCCCUAUUGUAACUGUGUCUAAAAGUUACUAACAACCAGUGUAACUUUUUGUGGCAUUUUGCGAGGAAUAAAGUGAAGUUUUUGACAGGUUCAAGUUGACAAUUGCAUUAAUACACAGGAGGUUUUCUAGUACAGCUCCCAACAUAAAACCAACAAGAGAUUGAGAGUACCAAUGCCAUGCAUAGUUCCCCUUUAAAAAAGUGUAUUUUCCCUGGGUGGAUGUAGUUAGCAUGCUACUUACAUAUGUACUGUGCUGUUUACAGUAUAUUCUUGCUGUGGGACAGACCUUAUUAUCACCUUUAUAUUUGUACAGUACCUUAAAACUAUUUUUUUUUUUUGUAUUUUUAGCAGCAUUAGCAAUAAAAUGUAUCUGCGUA